GAGAAGAGAUCCCAGGAGAUAGUUCAAUGGGAAGAGGAAGAGAAGGCACAGAAAGAGAGGAACACCAUGAGGAAGACUGAGUGGAAGAAGGAAGUAAUCAAGUGGGAGGCAGAGCAAGACCUCGCCAAGCAAGAGAAACAUUGGACACACUGGAAAAAGCCAGUGCUUGGUCCACUUGAAAAACCAGUACCAAAGCCA